UGAUUCCACAAUUUGAUGUGCAACAGAAAAUUCUAACCGAGUUGCAUCUUUACAAGAUUGGUGCUGACCACUUUGGUUCCGACUUUGCAAUGGCUCAAAGGAAAACCCAUUCUCCUAGUAAGAAACUUUUAUCAUACUAUUUUUUUAUGUACUAGUGUUAUAAUUCAGAAUUCUAAGUUAUGCUCUUGGUUGGUAAUUGGUAUUGCAGCAUAUUGGUGGCGAAUGUUUGGGUCACAAACUCCAAAUUUGCAGAAGCUAGCUAUUAAGAUUUUGAGUUUGACUUGCAGUGCUUCAGGAUGUGAAAGAAAUUGGAGUGUGUUUGAGCAAAUUCAUUCCAAAAAAAGAAAUAGGCUUGAGCACAAGAGGUUGCAUGAUUUGGUGUUUGUCAAAUACAACCAACAAUUGAAGCAAAGAUAUAAUGCAAGAGAUGAAAUUGAUCCAAUUUCUCUUAAUGAUAUUGAUGUAUGCAAUGAAUGGCUCGUGGGAGAGAUGGAUCAAGAUGAUGAUAAUGAUGCUGGAAAUGAUUUGGUAUUUGAAGAUGAUGAUGCUCUAAAUUGGGCAACUGUGUAUCAGGCUUCGGGGGUUGGAGAGUGUAGGAUGUAUACUAGGCGGAAAAAGCAAAAAACAAGUGUUGCUGCUGCCCAAACUUCUAAAAAACAGGCAAUGGUUGUUGGAUCUUCAUCAAGGAAGCAAAAAGCAGUCCAAGAAAAUGAUGAGGAUCUAGAUGCUGAGGAAAAUAUUGAUGUUGAAUCUGAAGAAGAAGAAAUCAUGGUCAAUUUUGAGGCGUCUGAUGGGGAAGAAGGAGAGGGAGAUGCUCCAUUACCAUAUGAUAACAACGAAGAUGAUUAUGUUGAGAUUGGAGAAGAUGAUUAGAGCCUCACUUUGCACUUUGCAUUAUGUUUUUAUCAUUUUCUUAUUUUGAACUCUUUAAUGAGUUUAUUUGGUGUUGGUACUUGAUUAUUGUAUGAACUCAUGAAACUUUUUUAGUUUAUUUGAAUGCAAUCCUUUGUUUUUUUCAAUUUCAAUGAGUUUAUAUAUAUGUUUUUUUUUUUUGUCCGCCAUGACAUCCGCCAUUUUCCGCUACGCCAUCCGCCAUAUUUUUA